AAAGGGAGAUAGAAAGGUUUUCCAACAUUUUCAAACGUAGUCAGCGUUUUCCAGCAGUGAAAGUAAUAAUUUUGAUAUUUUAGAGUCGUCUUAGCUCAAAUUAAUAAAAAGGAUGAAAAAACAUAUACUAAUGUCUUCAGAAGCUGUAGGGAAUCAGAGGCGCCACAACCCAGUGGACAGCAUCUGCAGAAAGAUCCAAACGAUUCAACGGAGGGACCAAGAGAUCAACCCCACACUGCAGAUCCCGAAAUUCCAGUCCCGGAACUAUGACAGCCCCCAGAGUAACCUGAAAAAGAACCUGGAGGGGAUGCUAAAAAACAGGACUGUUAAGAAUGAGAAGGACCUACUGUCCUUUAGAAGCCCAGCAGGCGAGAGCUUGGUCUUCCAGGCCAUCCCAGGCAGCUCUCCUUGCAAACAAUUGUCUUCAGUUGCUCCAACUCCCAGCAACGCCACCUACACAAUCUAGCCUGACUGCAGAAAAGAACAGUAAGCCCUGGCCUCCUCGGUCUUGUUCACAGAGCUGCUCAACACCUUCCACCCAAACCGGGGAGAAAUAUUUUGAUUUUGCGCAGUAUUCUGCAUAUAGCAACACUGAGUACAGAUUUUGU